AUGUUCUGUCACAGGCUCAUCGGUGAGCGGUUACUUUACAAGCCCGCCAUAGCCCGUCGCCCCUCUAGCACCAGCAGCCAUGAUGUACGGAGCAUCGCUAACCUCCCCGAGCGCAUCUAUCCACGCUACGUCCAGAGCACAACGAGUCCCGGCUCAUCGCUCCUAUCACUCAGGUGGCCGCGGCCUCCGCGCAACUUGCUUCUUAUCCAGAAGCUCUACAGUGCCGAGGUGACAGAGGCCGUGGUCAAAUUCGCCAAGCACAUGCACACCGACUACCCCGAAGUCAACGUCGUCUUCGAGCCGCGCAUCGCCUCAUCGGUGCAGUCGCGCCUCGACUUCCCCAUAUACGCAUCCGACGACCGCACCAGCACGGCUGACAAGGUCGACGUCAUUGUCACGUUUGGCGGGGACGGCACCGUCCUCAGAGCGGCCAGCCUGUUUAAGCUGCACGGGGCGGUGCCGCCCAUCGUCUCGUUCAGCAUGGGCACCCUGGGCUUCCUGGGGGAGUGGGAAUUCUCAGAGUACAAAAAGGUGUGGCGGGAAGUGUACAUGAGCGGCAGCGACGUGGCGGUACGGGAUGCGGCUAUGCCGCGCAAGGGUGAUGAGACGGAAGACUCUUACGGGGCAUGGGAGCGCACCAACGGCAAGAGCAUGGGCAAGCAGCGGGCUUCAAAAGUGCUUCUGCGCAACCGCAUCAAGGCCGAUGUGUUUGACGCCGAAGGAAAUAACGUCAACGACAGGCUCUCGGAUACGCUCACGGCAACGGCCAAGUCGCUCAUCACGCCCGUCGUCGCGACGCCCUCGCUCCGCGCCAUCAACGAGAUUGCAGUCCACCGCGGUUCGCACCCCCACCUGGCCAUCAUCGACAUCUACCAGAAUGGCCACUUCCUCACCGAGACCAUGGCCGACGGCAUCAUCAUCAGCACGCCCACGGGAUCUACCGCCUACAGUCUGAGUGCCGGCGGUCCUAUCGUCCACCCGCUCGUGCAGUCGCUACUCAUCACGCCCAUCAGCCCCUGCAGCCUAAGCUUCCGCUCGCUCGUUCUCCCGCUGGAUACCAAGGUGACGCUACGGAUGAGUCCUAAAAACCGGGGCCGCGAGCUGGAUCUCAGUAUCGAUGGGAGACGGUGUGCGGGGGUGUCGCCAGGUUCGGAGAUCCGUGUCGAGGGCGAGUUCGUCCACAGGGGCGACGGGGAGUGGCAUGGUGGGGUGCCGUGCGUUAUCCGCACAGAGGAUGAUGACCCUUGGGUUGGUGGACUCAACGGGAUGCUCAAGUUCAAUCAUCCGUUCGGGAGGGAUCCUACGAUUCAGGAUGACUGA